ACUCAUCACACACUGCAUGCAGUGUACCGCCGCACACUGACAUCGCUCUCUCUCUCCCCUCAUUACUCGCAUCAUUACACCUCCCUCUCUCUCGCUCCCUAUCCACUAUCCGCCCCUGCUCUCUCCCUCUCACAAAUUCACACCUGUGAGAGGACUGAGGAGUAGUGGAGCCUGCGACAUUGCCGCCGCUGCACCGUGAGAGAGGAGGAACGCGGCCAGCGAUGCUCCCUCGCCCUCCUUCCCACCUCCUGCCAUGGCGGUGCCUCCUCCUCCUCCUCAUCCUGGCCUUGGCCGGCAGCAGCAAUGGCGUCUCUGCGACUGCCAAGGCAAAGGCCAAGGCACCGGCAGCGGCGCCCAAGCCGGCCGGGUUCGGGUACAAGCUGGUCUCCCUCGUCCAGCGCCCCAACGGGGGAGGCCUCGUCGGCUUCCUCCAGGUGAAGCGGCGCACCUCCACCUACGGCCCUGACAUCCCCCGCCUCAGGCUCUUCGUCAAGCACGAGACCAUGGACAGGGUACGGGUGCAGAUAACGGACGCGGAGAAGCAGAGGUGGGAGGUCCCCUACGACCUGCUCCCGCGGGAGCCGGCCCCGCCCCUCGGCGCCACCGCCGACGGCGCCCAUUUCACCGCCGGCGAGUACCCGGGUCAGGACCUCGUCUUCACCUACGGCCGCGACCCGUUCUGGUUCGCCGUGCACCGCAAAUCCACCCGGCAGCCGCUCUUCAACACCAGCCAAGCCCCGCUGGUGUUCAAGGACCAGUACCUGGAGGUGUCCACGCGCCUCCCCGGCGACGCCGCGCUGUACGGGCUGGGCGAGAACACGCAGCCCGGCGGCAUCAAGCUCCGGCCCAACGACCCCUACACGCUCUACACCACCGACGCCUCCGCCAUCAACCUCAACACCGACCUCUACGGCUCCCACCCGGUGUACGUGGACCUGCGGAACAUCGCCGGCCGCGGCGUCGCGCACGCCGUGCUGCUGCUCAACAGCAACGGCAUGGACGUCUUCUACACCGGCACCUCGCUCACCUACAAGGUCAUCGGCGGCCUCCUCGACUUCUACUUCUUCGCCGGCCCGACGCCGCUCGCCGUCGUCGACCAGUACACCGCCAUGAUCGGCCGCCCGGCGCCCAUGCCGUACUGGGCAUUUGGGUUCCACCAAUGCAGGUGGGGAUACCAUAACCUUUCGGUGGUGGAGGACGUGGUGGAGAACUACCGGAGCGCGCAGAUCCCCCUGGACGUGAUCUGGAACGACGACGACCAUAUGGACGCCAGGAAGGACUUCACGCUGAGCCCCGUGAACUACCCGCGCCCCAAGCUGCUGGCCUUCCUCGACAAGAUCCACGCGCGCGGGAUGAAGUACAUCGUCCUCAUCGACCCCGGCAUCAACGUGAACCACACCUACGGCGUGUACCAGCGCGGCAUGGACCGCGACAUCUUCAUCAAGCUCGACGGGCAGCCAUACCUCGCCCAGGUCUGGCCCGGCCCCGUCUACUUCCCGGACUUCAUCAACCCCAACGGCGCCUCGUGGUGGAUCGACGAGGUGCGCCGCUUCCACGAGCUCGUCCCCGUGGACGGGCUCUGGAUCGACAUGAACGAGGCCUCCAACUUCUGCACCGGCAAGUGCACCAUCCCGACCACGCACCGGUGCCCGGACCCGACGUCCAAGGAGCCCUGGCUGUGCUGCCUCGACUGCAAGAACCUCACCAACACCAGGUGGGACGAGCCACCGUACAAGAUCAACGCCUCCGGGAAGUCGGCGCGCCUCGGCUACAACACCAUCGCCACCAGCGCCGUGCACUACAAUGGCGUCCUGGAGUACAAUGCCCACAGCCUGUAUGGCUUCUCGCAGGCCAUCGCCACGCACAAGGGGCUGCAGAGCAUCCAGGGCAAGAGGCCGUUCAUCCUCACCAGGUCGACGUUCGUCGGCUCCGGCGCCUACGCCGCGCACUGGACCGGCGACAACAAGGGCACCUGGGAGGACCUCCGCUACUCCAUCUCGACCAUGCUCAACUUCGGCAUCUUCGGCAUGCCCAUGGUCGGCUCCGACAUCUGCGGCUUCUACCCGGCGAGCCCGCCGCCGCUGGAGGAGCUGUGCAGCCGCUGGAUCGAGCUCGGCGCCUUCUACCCCUUCUCCAGGGACCACGCCAACUUCGCCUCGCCGAGGCAGGAGCUCUACCAGUGGCAGUCCGUGGCGAGGUCCGCCCGGAACGCGCUCGGCAUGCGCUACAGGAUGCUCCCCUACCUCUACACGCUCAACUACCAGGCGCACCUCACCGGCGCUCCCGUCGCGCGCCCGCUCUUCUUCUCCUUCCCGGACUUCGCGCCGUGCUACGGCGUGAGCAACCAGUUCCUGCUCGGCGCCGGCGUCAUGGUGUCCCCCGUCCUCGAGCAGGGCGCCAGCUCCGUCGACGCGGUCUUCCCGCCGGGCACGUGGUACAACCUCUUCGACACCAGCAAGGCGGUCGUGUCCACGGGCUCCGGCGCCGCCGUCAGGCUCCCGGCCCCGCUGAACGAGGUGAACGUGCACGUGCACCAGGGCACGGUCCUGCCGCUGCAGCGCGGCGGCACCAUCUCCCGGGACGCGCGCGCGACGCCGUUCACGCUGGUGGUGGCGUUCCCUCUUGGCGCGGCGGACGCGGACGCGGAGGGCGCCGUGUACGUGGACGACGACGAGCGGCCCGCCAUGGUGCUCGCAGAGGGGCAGGCGACGUACGCGCGGUUCCACGCGGCCGUGCGCGGGGGCAAGGAGGUGACGGUGCGGUCGGACGUGGCCAUGGGGAGCUACAGCAUGCACAAGGGCCUCGUCAUCGAGAAGAUCACCGUGCUGGGGCUGCACGGCGCCGGCACGGACCUCGCCAUCCAGGUCGACGGCGCGGACGACGCCACCGCGGUCGCGACAUCGAGCCCCUACUUCGCGGCCGCCGACGCCGCGCAGGUGCUGCGCCAAGGAGAAGAAGAUGACGCCGUGGAGGGUGAAAAGAGGAGCGGCGUGACGAUGGAGGUGGGCGGGCUGGCGUUGCCGCUGGGGAAGAGCUUCACCAUGACGUGGAACAUGCGCAUCCAAGCAUAGUUCCGGAAAAUUGUGCUUCCAUCUGCAUGGGCGUUCGUCGUUCGAUUCGUCGUGUGUGUGUGUGUCUAAUUUAUUAGAGCCUAUAGAGUAGUUCAUCUCAUCGUGUUUGGGUCGGUUCUGUAACUUGUGUGGGGGUUGGUUACCUACCCUCCAACACCAUUUGUGAAGCUCACUCUUGCAGGGAAUAAAACUGCAUUUCGACCUCC